UUUUGAAUCUGGUAGACUCUAUUCUAUUGGUGCUAUUAUGGCAUUUGAUACUACAAAGGGUUCUAUAAUCAAAUCUCGAGUCGGUAUAUCAUUUAUUUCUACGGAUCAAGCAUGUAAAAAUGCACAAGAGGAGAUACCAAAUUGGGAUUUUGAUUUAACAAGAGAAAAGGCUGUUGAAGCUUGGGAAGUUGAACUUGAGAAAAUUCAAGCUGAAAUAUUUUUAAAGGAAAUCGGCAAGGAUAUUAUUGAUUGGGAAUCUGGAUAUAAAGCUUUGGUGAAAGACGCUGAGGCAGAUCCAUUUUGGUAUGGUCAAAUGGAAGGAAGAUUGAACCUUAGACAUUAUCUUUAUUACGGAUACAUACCUUCCAGCGGUUCAGUUGACUCAUGUAGUAGAACAUUAGAAUAUUCAGCAAAUGAUUAUGCAAUAUCAUUAGUUGCUAAAGGUUUAGGCAAAACCGAGGAUCAUAUUAAAUAUAAAACUCGUGCAAAUAGUAUCACUGGGUUUAUCACACCUAAACGUACUGAUGGGUCAUUCGACCCUUCUGUAAACGUAUUACGUGAAGGAUAUGCAUUCCUUAAAGGAACUCCAUGGGAGUAUAGUUUAGACAUUCCACAUGAUUGGAAAAUGAGUUGGUUUAGACAUAAAGAAAUUGAAAAUGGUGGAAUACUUGAAUUUGAAAUGGGAAAUGAACCAAGUAAGAAAUGGCCCGCCGGUUGGAAUGGUGACAGUGAAGACGGAAAAUUUGUACCCCCUGCUAGUUUUGAUGAUGAUUGA